UUUUAAAUCAGUUGUUCGACGUUUGUGAUGUGGAUGUGGAUGCCGUGACGUGUUAUCCCGUUGUCACAACACAAGAAAACCAGAAAAACAGUGCAAAUACACCGGGAAUAGUGCAACCCUUUUAAGAAACAAUUAACUAACUACUGCCCCUUGACACGUAUGAUAUCAGGCUGUAAGCCUGCAAUUCGACGAUGUUAACGAAAUUUGAGACCAAGUCAGCCCGUGUAAAGGGUUUAUCUUUCCACCCGAAGAGACCCUGGGUUCUUGCAAGUUUGCAUAAUGGUGCCAUCCAGUUAUGGGACUAUCGCAUGUGCACCCUGUUGGAGAAAUUCGACGAGCAUGACGGGCCUGUGCGUGGCAUAUGCUUUCACAACCAACAGCCGCUGUUUGUCUCCGGCGGAGAUGACUACAAGAUUAAAGUAUGGAACUACAAAUUGAAGCGCUGUAUCUUUACCCUCCUGGGACACUUGGACUAUAUCCGUACCACAGUGUUUCAUCAUGAAUACCCGUGGAUUGUUUCCGCCUCUGAUGACCAGACUAUACGCAUCUGGAACUGGCAGUCACGAGCAUGUAUCUGCGUGCUUACAGGUCACAAUCAUUAUGUGAUGGCGGCACUCUUCCAUUCUUCCGAAGAUUUAUUGGUUAGCGCUUCACUGGAUCAGACUGUACGUGUGUGGGAUAUUUCCGGUUUGAGAAAGAAAAACGUCGCCCCGGGUCCUGGUGGUUUAGAAGAACACCUGAAAAAUCCUGGGAGUACUGACCUCUUUGGUCAGGCUGAUGCUGUGGUGAAGCAUGUGCUUGAAGGACACGAUCGUGGUGUUAAUUGGGCUUCAUUCCAUCCUACUUUACCGCUGAUUGUUUCCGGGGCUGAUGAUAGACAUGUUAAGCUAUGGAGGAUGAAUGACUCCAAAGCCUGGGAGGUAGACACCUGCCGUGGUCAUUACAACAAUGUCUCCUGUGUAUUAUUCCACCCUAGACAAGAAUUACUCUUGUCCAAUGGUGAAGAUAAAAGCAUUCGUAUUUGGGACAUGUCCAAACGCACUUGCUUGCAUACAUUCCGUCGUGAACAGGACCGUUUCUGGGUGUUGGCGUCCCACCCAACGCUUAACCUCUUCGCGGCUGGUCAUGACACUGGAAUGAUUAUUUUUAAACUUGAAAGAGAACGCCCCGCGUACACUGUGCAUGGAAAUAUGUUGUAUUAUGUAAAAGAACGUUUUGUACGCAAAUUAGACUUCACUACAUCUAAGGAUGUACCUGUUAUGCCGCUAAGAGGUGGGGGUAAGACACCGAUUUACAGUAUGUCAUUCAACCCGGCGGAAAACGCUGUUUUACUAUCGAUUCGCUCGAGUAAUGUCGACGGAAACAACUAUGACCUUUAUACCAUCCCCAAGGAGCACGAGGGCGAGUCCUACAGCGAGAUGGAUAACAAGAGAUCAGCUGGGAAUACAGCCGUAUGGGUGGCACGCAAUAGAUUUGCUGUUUUGGACAGAAACAUGCAGUUGAGCAUCAAGAAUCUUAAAAAUGAGACAACCAAGAAGGUGCAGACACCAAAUUGUGAUGAGAUCUUCUAUGCUGGCACAGGGAUGUUACUCCUGAGGGAUAUGGAUCAUGUUACGUUGUUUGAUGUCCAACAGAGGAGGACGCUAGCACAAUUGAAAGUUGUGCGUUGUCGUUACGUUGUGUGGUCCGCCGAUAUGUCGCACGUGGCUCUCCUCUCGAAACAUUAUGUGACAAUCUGCAACCGCAAGCUGGAACAACUCUGCUCAAUCUACGAGAGCAUUAAAGUCAAGUCGGGCGCGUGGGACGACUCCGGCGUCUUCAUCUACACGACCAGCAAUCACAUAAAAUACGUCCUCAACAACGGAGAUAAUGGCAUCAUCCGCACUCUGGAUUUACCGAUUUAUAUAACACGCGUUAAAGGCAACAGUCUCUUCUGUCUUGAUCGUGAAUGUCGCCCGCGAGUGUUGACUAUUGAUCCCACUGAGUAUAAAUUCAAACUGGCGUUGAUUAAUCAUGAUUAUGAAGAAGUUUUGUACAUCGUACGCAAUGCACGUCUUGUCGGACAGGCUAUUAUUUCCUAUCUGCAGAAGAAAGGUUAUCCUGAGGUGGCUCUGCAUUUUGUUAAAGAUGAUAAAACUAUUUUCGCGCUUGCGUUGGAGUGUGGCAAUAUUGAGAUUGCGUUGGAAGCGGCCAAGUCGUUGAACAAUCCGGCGUGUUGGGAGAAACUAGCGGAAGCAGCACUUAUGCAAGGCAAUCAUCAAGUUGUAGAGAUGUGCUACCAGCGUACGAAGAGUUUUGAUAAAUUGUCUUUCUUGUAUUUGAUCACUGGUAAUUUAGAAAAGUUGAGGAAGAUGACGAAGAUUGCUGAGAUUAGGAAAGAGCGCUCUGCGCAGUACCAUGGAGCGUUACUCUUAGGCGAUGUUGAAGAAAGGGUGAAGAUCUUGAAGGGUGCUAACCUAAAUUCAUUGGCUUAUUUGACUGCCGCUACGCACGGUAUGACAGAAGCUGCUGAAGAGUUAAAGGAGACUUUCGGAGAUAAACCCGUGCCGGAUGUCUUACCAAAUGCCAAAUUUUUAAGACCUCCACCACCAAUACAGGAAGCUGAGAAUAAUUGGCCUUUGUUGACUGUCAGCAGGGGUUUCUUCGAAAAUGCUUCACUGAAGAAAGCAGCCAACAUGCCUGCACUCGAAGUUGAUCCCAAUUUGGAUGUGGAUAUCGGCGAUGCGGAAGGUGGUUGGGCCGACGAUGAUGAAGACAUUGAUCCCCUGGAAGAUACUAAAAAACGCACAGAAUCUGCCUCCGGUGAUGGUGAAGGUGGUUGGGACGUGGAAGAUGCUGAUCUUGAAAUACCCGAUCUUGGUCCCUCACAACCCUCGACCCAAGGAGAUGCUUAUAUUCACUUACCCACCCAAGGUCCUUCCCAGUCUGCCAUCUGGACUAAAAAUUCCGAACUUCCUGCUGAUCAUGUAAUGGCUGGCAGUUUUGAAUCCGCUGCGAGAUUACUCAACUCACAAAUUGGUGUUGUAAACUUUUUACCGUACCGAAAAUGUUUCCUAGAUAUGUUUGGCAGUUCGCGAACGGUAAGUUCCUGGCAGCAACACAUUCCGCCCAACUUUAGUUAUCCACAACGGAGUGGAAAAGACGUUGGUGCAAAAGGACAACUUCCGGUCGUUUCCAUAAAACUAUCGGAUCUUGUACAGAACUUACAGGUUUGUUACCAACUCACAACCGGUGGGAAAUUCACGGAAGCCAUUGAAAAGAUGCAAGCGCUCAUGCUGCAAGUCACAUUACUAGUUGUGGAUACAAAACAGGAAAUAUCCGAAGCACAACAACUGCUUAAAAUAUGCCGAGAGUAUGUGGUAGGUCUCAAAAUGGAAACACUUCGGAAAACUCUACCGAAAACAACAGCAGAGGAACAAGAACGCCAAUGCGAAAUGGCGGCGUAUUUCACACAUUGUAACCUCCAACCUAUUCAUCAAAUUCUAACCCUUAGAACCGCCCUGAAUAUGUUCUUCAAGUUAAAGAACUACAAGACAGCGUCAUCGUUUGCAAAACGCUUAUUAGACUUGGGUCCUAGGGCAGAAGUCUCCCAACAAGCGAGAAAAAUCCUGCAAGCAUGCGAAUCCAAUCCCACAGACGAGUUUAAACUAGGUUAUGAUGAGCACAAUCCGUUCAAUCUCUGCGCAUACUCGUACAAGCCAAUAUACAGAGGAAAACCCGAAGAGAAAUGCCCGCUGUGUGGCGCGUCUUAUAUCCCACAAUACAAGGGUAACGUUUGCAAUGUCUGCGAAGUGGCCGAGAUUGGCAUGGAUUGCAUUGGCCUACGGAUUAGUUAUCAUCAAUUCCGUUAAGAUUAACAUAAAGUAUUAAAUUAAAAAGAAACCAAGAGUAUUCUUGAGGGGAAGAAGAGAAAAUGAACAAAACCGUUCGUAAUUUGAUAUUAGUGGUAAUGAAGUUUUUAUAAUUUAUUGUAUUGAGUUCUGUCAACAUGGAAAAGUACAAAUAUUGCAUUGCAUUACACCAACUAGUCUGGAA